GUUGAGUUGCUUUGCAGUAGGAUUCUCAUAGCGUCUACACAAAGCUUUCUGCAAAAAAUCAUUAAUUGGGCCCAGGUUUCCUUCUGUGAAUAUGUUGACAGUCAACAUGUUACUGAGUGUCUUCUUUCUUCCAGGUACUUUGGCUGCUUGUUCUGAAAAAUCACACCUCUUCAUCACUGCACCACUGAAGAUGGAAGCACUGAGUGGAUCUUGUUUGCAAAUCCCGUGUAACUUUAGUGCUAAAGUUGCAGAAGAAUUUGAUGGCAGCAGAGAAACAAUUGGAAUAUGGAUGAAAAAUAAUCAUAAAAAAGAGAAUGAAAUUUUCAGAAGUAGUCAGGCUGUUAACCCCUAUCCAAUGAAAAUGACUGGAAACCUGAAAGAGAAAAACUGCACCACUCUAUUUUCCAAUUUAACCACAACAUAUACAGACACAUACUUCUUCAGAAUUGAGAAGGAGCAAUACAAGGCAACAGCUGUUUGUGAUCCUCUUCAAAUUACAGUCAAAGAUUCUCCUCCAAGCCCCACAAUUGAAAUCUCAGGUGAGCUGAAGGAGAAGGAGUCUGUCACUAUAACCUGCUCAGCUUUCACUCCCUGUCCACACUCCCCUCCUAAACUCACCUGGAAUCUCCAACAAGACGCUCACAACAAAAUAGAGGAGAACACAGAUCGAACCUUUACCACUAAAAUCCAGAAGACCAUCACUCUGUCUGACAAGCAGGACGGAUACACCAUCACCUGUUCUUCCAUCUACUCUGUGAAUGAAGGACAAAAUGUUAAGUCAACAGAGGAAAAAGUGACUCUCAGUGUUUCAUAUGCUCCUAAAGACACCUCAGCAAUGAUCAGUCCAUCCGAUUUGGUGUCACCAGGUAGCUGGGUGAACCUGACCUGCUCCAGCAGAGCCAAGCCUGCCGCCAACUUCACCUGGUUCAAGAUCAACAAAGAUGGACUCAUGAAAGUAUCUGAAGGAGACUUCUACAGCUUCAAUGUGACAGAUUUACUAGAUGUUUAUUACUGUGUGGCCACAAAUGAUGUUGGUAAUCAGACGUCAUCAGAGAUCCAUCUGACUAUUAAAGGAAAAGAGCCUGCACAGUGGGGACCAGUUGUUGGAGGGAUCAUUGGAGGGAUC